CACAUACCGUACCUUUCUUUGAGCGAUGAGACUGGUUGGGAGGGGAACAGAGAAUCCCACCGAUACCAAAGGUCACCUUCAAAAGCGCGCCCUGAGCCGACGCACUCUCGGUUUCGGAUAUCGACGGAACGCGUCGAGGUCAGUACAAAUAUUCCAUCGUCGGCCGCAUCAGGGUGCACACACGAAUAGUGACUCCGUCAUCGGUGCUACAUUCCGGGAGUUUCCAUCAGUUAGCAAUUAAAACUCCUACGGUGAAUUACACCUACGUUUAAAGUGAGUUGAUUCUUCGUUUAAGUAAGUGAUUAUCUACAGAAGUAUAGUUCGUCAAAAUGUCUGAAGUGAAAGCUAAGCUGCUUACCCAGAUUGCCGAACCGAUGACCUCGUCUGGCAACAAGGUCACCGUUGUCGGUAUUGGCCAAGUCGGCAUGGCCUGUGCAUUCAGUAUUCUAACCCAGAAUGUGUCCAGUGAGGUUGCUCUCAUUGAUGUCAACGCAGACAAACUGCAGGGUGAAAUGAUGGAUCUGCAGCAUGGUUCUGCCUUCAUGAAGAACGCUCACGUCAGUGCAGGCACCGACUUUUCUGUCUCUGCUGGCUCUCGUUUGAUCGUCAUUACGGCCGGCGUGCGUCAAAAGGAGGGCGAAAGUCGACUAGACCUCGUCCAGCGUAAUACCGACAUCCUGAAGGGUAUUAUCCCCAAGCUGGUCGCCCAAAGCCCGGACUGCAUUCUGUUGGUCGUCUCCAACCCGGUCGAUAUUCUUACCUACGUCGCAUGGAAAUUGAGUGGACUGCCCAAGAAUCGUGUCAUUGGUUCCGGCACCAACCUUGACUCGUCCCGCUUCCGCUUCCUGAUGUCGCAAAAACUGGGCGUCGCUCCCACCUCUUGCCACGGUUGGAUCAUCGGCGAGCACGGUGACAGCAGCGUACCAGUGUGGUCCGGUGUGAACGUGGCCGGUGUUCGUUUGGCCGAAAUUAACCCAAGCAUCGGUACCGAUGCUGAUACGGAAAAGUGGGGUGAUCUACAUCAUCAAGUUGUCAACAGCGCGUACGAAGUCAUUCGUCUGAAGGGCUAUACAUCCUGGGCUAUUGGGCUUAGCGUAGCUUCCCUAGCGUCUGCUAUUUUGCGGAACACUUACAACGUCCAUGCCGUUUCCACGCUGGUUAAGGGUGAGCACGGAAUUGAUGACGAAGUCUACCUAUCGCUGCCAUGCGUGCUGGGCCGCAACGGCGUUAGCCACGUGGUGAAGCAAAUUCUUACGCCAGAAGAAACGAAGAAGCUGCAGGCAUCCGCCACCCUGAUGGCGCAAGUUCAGUCUGGAAUCAAAUUCUAAGCACUUCGAUCGCCAUAGCUAAGGCUAAAAAUGUUAUUUAUUGUCAAAACCAAAACGUACGUUAAGCUAGCUACAAACAAGCACUGAAGCAUCUGGUCCCUUCUCUGUCCGGUGCCAGAUCUUUAAGCCUCCGCACCACGCGUUAGGAAAUAAUUCAAUUGCACGAUCCAUAAAUGUCCCUUUGCCUCCGAAGAACAAAUGACAUACAACCAAUAAAAUGAUAGAAAUAUUG